GGUACGUCCCGUCGUCGUCCUCUCUGCUCCUCGGUUUCUCCUCUGCUUCCCUUGCCAUGUCUUCGCUCGAGAGCUCCAAAAAAUUUGCCUCCUCUUAGGCUGUGCGCCUCAAGGGUUCUGUGAUCCAUAACGGUGGUGAGUGGCGUCAGGGUGAAAAUGUCUUCGUUCCUCGUGCUGCUCAUCGCAUUCUUAUCUGCAGCUGCCACCCUUCCAUCAGAAGCACUCAACGUGAGAGGCAGAGGCCCCCUGCUGAAAUCCAAGACGUUCCUCUCCACACCCUUCUCCCUGCGCCCCGGCUCGGUCUCAAACAAAUGGAACUACGGCAUCGAGUUCCCCAGAGGCCACCUCGCGCUCAAGAGCUUCAGAGGCGAGCUCGUCGACAAGCACGGCGUCCCUGUGCCUCUCCACGAGACCUACCUUCACCACUGGGUUGUGGUACCAUACUACGCCGCCAAGAACGAUCGCGUCGCCGAUGAGCAGAAGCUCCCGAAGAUGAUCUUGGCAAGGAACUCCGGCGUGUGCAAGCACACGCUGGGACAGUACUACGGCCUCGGCUCCGAGAUCCGGCACACCGCGACAUGGGUGCCUGAUCCUUAUGGAAUUGAGAUCGGCAACCCGGAGAAGCCCCCUGAGGGGUACGAGGAGAAAUGGCUGCUCAAUGUGCACGCCAUCGACACGAGGGGCGUGGCCGACAAGCUGGGGUGCACCGAGUGCAGGUGUGAUCUGUACAACGUGACGGUCGAUGAGGAUGGCGGCGCCAUUGAGAAGGACUACAUCGGAGGCCUGCGCUGCUGCUCUGAUCAGAGCCAGUGCAAGGUGAAGGAAGGGUUCAGUGGCGAGGCGAGGAAGCUGUUCUUGCAGUACACGGUCAAGUGGCUUGACUGGAGCGAUGCGGUUGUGCCGGUCAAGAUUUACAUAUUUGAUGUCACUGACAGGGCUCUGCUUGAGGGGAAAUCUGAACCUGCUUGCAAGGUGGAGUAUCAGGUGGAGGAAUGCAGGUCAGAGAACCGGGCCAAGAACGAUUGCGUCGAUGUCGCGGUGGCCAAACAAGUCCUACCGCGUGGAGGCGACAUCGUGUUCGGCGUCGCGCACCAGCAUUCAGGGGGCAUCGGUGCUUCUUUGCACGGCGAGGACGGACGUCUGCUUUGCGCGUCGAUGGCGACCUACGGCGACGGGCAGGAGGCCGGGAACGAGGCCGGGUACGUCGUCGGCAUGUCGUCGUGCUACCCGAAGCCGGGGACGGUGAAGGUGCGCGACGGCGAGGUGCUGACCGUCGUGUCCAACUACAGCAGCGAGCGGCAGCACACGGGGGUGAUGGGCCUGUUCUACAUCCUCGUGGCCGAGCAGGAGCAGCAGCCGGCACUGUGCUUCAGUUUCCCUGUCUCAUGGUGCCUACCGGCAUGGCUGUCGAGUAACCCGUGAAGGAGCCUAGAUAUCAGUAUGUAUUUACGGCGACAGGGGCGAAGCUACAGUGGCCCAUCCCGAGUACACCGGCACCAGAGAAAAAUAAAAUCUUAGUUUUUUGCAAUUCAAUUUUACCACUCGUGUACUACGUAAUCCUAAACAUGCGCACCAUCUAAAUCUAUAUAUGUUAAAGUAUAUACUCGGAUCUUAGAGCUCUAGCUUCGCUCCUCUAGGCCGGCAAUGUUCCUAGUCUUUGAAAAAAGAAAAAGUAAUAUAUCCUUCUUUUCAGAGUGCA